UUCCCUUUAGUCGUUCCUUCUUACCUUCCCUCAGUAAAAGCACUAUGUCAUGUCCUAUGUAUGCAGGCUCUGUGGCGAGUGUCAUCAUCCCGCGACAGAAGGGCGGCUUUCUGGUAAGUCAGAAGACAGAUCUCUACAUCUUGGACUCUUGGGACAGUGGCAAGGUCACAAGCAUUGCCAAGGUCGAGGCCGACGCUAAUAUGCUCAAUGACGGCAAAGUGGAUACUUCCGGUAGACUCUGGAUUGGGUCGUGUUUCUGUGGUGAGGAUAACCCUGACGUCGACAAUUGGCCAAAGCAUAAGGCGUCAUUGUACAGCUUGGAUGCUGAUCGGAGCGUCAGGAAACACAUCAGCAACAUCAGCCUCAGCAACGGCAUGGACUGGAGUGCCGACAACAGUGUCAUGUACUACAUCGACUCAGUACCCGGACAGGUCUGGGCCUUCGACUUUGACAUCACAGCUGGGACUAUAAGCAACAAGAGAACUGUGGCUGACUUUAACUCCACUGAAGGCCCAGAUGGAAUGGCCAUUGAUACUGAGGGAAAAUUAUGGGUGGCCUGUUUUGACGCUGGGAAAGUUGUCCGACUCGAUCCCGAGACUGGAAAGGUGAUCCGAACUGUCACAUUGCCAUGCGGACAAAUAACAUCGUGUUGUUUCGGUGGAAAGGACUUCGCCGACCUCUACGUCACAUCAUCGCGGUUCCUGAUGACCCCAGCACAGGUGGAGAAAACACCAUUGGCUGGAUCAGUCUUCAAGGUCACGGGGCUUGGAGUCCGAGGUCGCAAAGCUAACAAAUUCGCUGGAUAAGCGCUUCUCCGUUCGGUCCACUUUCGAGUACAAAGCUCGUCCACUAUUCAUACAUUUAAGUUUGGUGUAAUUUCGGUUCUUCAGUUUGUUUUCGUCCAGACUGCAUACAGAAAGAAAAGCUGAAUGGAACGCAUGGAUAUUUGCAGAGCUUACUAUAAAUACAGCUUGGUUUUGCCUUCAGAACCAUGGACAUUGUGCUGUGAUUAAAUAAAGUCAAUAAAUACUUUGAAAAUAAAAUAGGUGUUUGAAUUACAUGAGACAAUGCAGACACAACCCCCACCUUGUCCUCAAUAAAAAAAUUCCCUGAACAAAAUGUCCUGAAGCAUUUGGCAGA